AUGCUCCUUCCACGUUUAGGGUGUGGGAGCCCCGCCCAGAUGACCACUGACACAUGCAAAGGAUGGGAUUUGCGCUCUCCAGAUCAGACCAUGCCAUCGAAGAACAAAGACGAAGCAGCUGACCUACAUGAUCGAAUCAAACACACACCUUGCCAAACGGAGAAUGAUACAAACACAGCACAUCAAGCAUUGCUGCAGUUUGAACAUUCCAAUGCCGAAGCAGAACACACAAAUCUACAUGCCAUCAAAGCUGAAUUGCCACAACAUGAAGAGGCCACCCACUGCCAAGCACUGCACCAACUGAUGAAAGCAGCAUCCUUCCCUGACCCCCCCCUUGCAAAGCCCCUUCCACGCUUAGGGUGUGGGGGCCCCUCCCGAUGCACUGAUAGCCAUGAUGAUGCCAGUUUCAGUAUGGAUGAUACCUGCCGAGAGGUUCAACCGAUGGAGAUGGAAGGACAUCCCAAACGACACUGCAGUGCAUUUGAAAGAUCUCGGCAUCCUGAACAUGACACAUCCCAUAAGACCAAAACCGAUGCUGAAGUUGCAGAUGACAGUGCAGAGCCUAGAAGUAGGACUGAACAGAGUCAACCUGAGUUGCUUGACCUUCAGCAGGGAUCCCAUUCACCCAUCACGGUGAUUUCAGAUACCCAGACGGUAUCGGACACAAUGCAAUUCCAACCAGUUCUCAAAGGAGUGAUCAAGUGGACACAAUAUGAAGAAACCUUUUGGUUUGCGGCUGAUCUUCCUGGCACUCACUUGGAAAGGGUCUGGGAACUGGGACCAUGUUGCCAAUUUUCCGACCUCCAAGAGUUGACCACUGCAUGUCUCAUGCCGAUGCACCCCUUUCAGGUGGAUGAAACAAUGGUCACUUUGCCAAGGAACUGUGUUCAGGUCCUGAUGGAUGAAGAACUCACACUCCUGAAGGUAGAGCCACAUGUGGCACUGUUGCAGCAGCCGCACAUUCUGGCCCUGUCAGGUGAACUGUAUGACCAAUUCGGUUUGAUAUCACAAGGACAAACAACGGAUUAUGGCACCAUUUUGCUGACUGAACCAAUCACAUAUGGAGUCAAUGUCCAAGACCUUGUUUUGGUUUUUGCUGCAUUUGACCAGACUCAAAUGAGGUGGCACGUAUGCCGUUUCUCCAACCGGAUUGUGGCAAGCUUCACAGGACCAGACACUGCAGUGAAUUUUCUUCGACAGUUUUUCAUGCAGGCACUGACUGCCCAAUCGCUCCAUUUGCUGGGUAGGAAGAUUGUGAAUCAGCCAGGUAGUGACUUGGUCUUCGAACAUUCCAGACUGACAGGAAUUGCUCCGCCCAAUUCUUUCCUCAUAGCAAUUGCCAUUGCAGCUGCCAAGACGCUGAUGGACUGCCUUGAGACCACAGAAGAUGAUGUGGAUGGACGAAACAUCAAUUUCAAGUGGGCUGGAAGACCAGUUUGGAAAGGAAAGAUCCAUGGAAACACAACUCUGGCCACCCUGGAAUGCCUUCUUCGACACUGCCUUGCGCCAUGGGGACAGACACCCACGAUGCGAAUCCUGUGCCAGGGAAAACAACAGUUGCUGGACCACACCAUCCAACAACUUCCCCAAGAUCCAACUAAGGAACAUGUUGUGAUUCAUGCAAUCAUGGCACUGCGAGGUGGAGGCCAAGGAACCAAGGUCCAACAAAGGGCUGUCCAACAGAACGCAUUGGCAAGUACGCUCCUUGAUCAUGGAUUCAACCUUGCUUGGACCACCAAAGCUGUGGACACUGUCAUGGAGAAGUUUGGACUAGGCAAGCUGCAAGCAGUCAAUGCCCAACCGAUGGGAAGUGCCAAGAUCCAGGCAGCAAUGCAAUUAUGCAAGGAUGCAGGAAUCACCAUUCCGGAUCUCCCCAAGCCCAAAUCAGGAAAUGACAUUCCGGGCAACAUUGCCCAAAAAAGAAAGAAAAGAACAUUGGAAUUCAAACUCAAUCCGAGUGAUUACACCUUGGUAGAGGGUUUCUUCACAAGGGAAGAUGGUACCGUCCUGCCACAGGUCAAUCAGAUUGUCCCCCACUCCUGUGGGAUCUGCAUCCAAACGCCAUCGCAGGCUGAGGUCUGGGUCCGAGAAGGACAAAAAAUCAGUGUGGACGAGCUGGGCCUUUUGGUACUUGGACCGAUCACUGUACAUAGCGCAUUGACCUCCGAGGAAAUCACCUUCCCCAGCCUCAACAGUGACCGACAGAUGGUUCUCAUCACGGCAACACUGGUGCAGCUGGGGGCAAAGGCCAUUCAGCACAAGCAAGGUGACCCAAAGCAAGUGCCUUCCGAGACAUGCAGCUUGAUGGCUGUUACCAUGUACAAAGAAGAUUGGCAAACAGAUGACUGGACAGCCAUCACCACCAACCCUGCUGCGAUGGUUCGAAAGUUGCUGGAAAAAGAAGGUUUCAACCGUCUUUUCCUGACGCCCAAGACUCAAGCUGGAAGGUUGAAUGCCAGUUACAAGGUGAUUUGGAUCCCAGGAGACAUCCCAAAGAUCACAUCCCUGUCAACCAAAUGUCAGUCUUGUGUUGGCCUGGUCAGAGGACGACAGGGCAAGGGAUAUGGCUUGCGGUUUCAUGCUGACAAAUACGAUGAUGCCUGGACGACCCUCAUGCCAGGAGUUGCCCAGCCACAGAACAACCCAGGUGACAAGGUUUAUAAAAUCCAAAACCUGCCUUUUGGAUGCACCAAGUUGAUGCUGCAGAACUGGGUCGAGGCAAUGCAAUGGGAUGCAUGCCCAAUCAGGGCCCUGGGCCCACAGACCUGGCUUGUUAGAUCAGCUGAUGACAUACCUCCAGGGAUUCUGAUGUUCAACUCAUCGCCAAUUUUGGCACGCCUUCUGCCACCGAGAGACCAACAGGGGCCAGACAAGAUCUUGUUGGGUCCGAGACCAAAGAUACAGCCACAACAGAAUGGAGAUCCAUGGCACCAAGGUCAAGACCCCUGGGCGAGCUACGGACCAGCAAAAGCUGCCAUGCCAACCUCCUCCAAUGCCCAUGCCCCACAGCAUGGCCCGACAGAGAAAAGACUGUCAGAGCAAGAUGCCAAGAUCGCAACCAUGCAGGCCAGCAUUGAGCAGCUCACUCAGACACAAAAGACACAUGCCAAACAUGUGGAAUCUCACAUCAAGCAGGCGGCACAAAGGGAGCAGGAUAACAUGAACAAAAUGGAUUCUGCACUCAAACAGAUUGAACAAUCCUUUGAUACCGCCAUGACCAGAUCUAUGCACCAAUAUCAGGCAGCUAUGGAUGAAAAGUUUCAAGAGAUCAGAGCCCUCUUCAUGAACAACAAGCGUUCGGCGCCGCCUGAUGAG